UUUUUCACAUCUCAACAGCAAAUUGUAAAAGAAAUUUUGAAAGUAGCAAAAAGUAUUUUUGAAACUUUUUGUACAGUUUUCAAUUGGUUUUGAGAAAAAAUUCCAAAAUGAAAUCCUUAUUGUUAAGUUUUUCAUGUGAACACAAAUUUCUAUUGGUAGUAAAAUCAUUUUGAUUAUUAUUCAUUAAACACAUAUUGGAAAAAUGGAUUCUUCAGUGCUGAGAAACACAUUGAUUUCAACUUCUGAGCCUGGCAGAAGAAUUAAAAUUAAUGUUGGUGGAAAGCAUUACUCUCCGUACGUAAGUACUCUGCAAAACCUGCCAGAUUCUCCACUUACUAAAAUUCUAAAAGGAGAUUUAAAGUUUGAGCUUGAUUACGAUCCAAUUACUGGAGAAUAUUUCUUUGAUCGGCAUCCUGGAAUUUUUGUUCAAAUUUUAAAUUAUUUUCAGACAGGUAAACUUCAUUGCCCUCGCGAUGUUUGUGGAACUAUGUUUCAAUCAGAAUUGAACUUUUGGGGAGUUGAUGAAACACAAAUGGAAGCUUGCUGUUGGCCAGCCUAUACAAAGUUUCAAGAAAUCAAAAAAGAUUUACAAGAACUAAAUGAUGCAAAAGAUAAAAAAUUGAAGUUUGGUUUAAGUGAAAAAUACCCAAUUUCUGGAUGGAAGCAUUAUCAAAAAGUUAUAUGGAGUUUAUUGAAUGAUCCAAAAUCUUCAAAUGCAGCCAAAAUUUUUUCCUAUAUAUCACUUGGUUUCAUAGUAAUUUCAAUAGUGGCUUUUAGUGAAAUGACAACUGAUUGGAAAAAAUCCAAAUGCCUGACAAUAAAUAGAUUUAACAAAACAAUUCCUAAUUGCAUAGAUGUUACUAGCACAUCGCGAAAUAUUGAAAUUGUUUUAACAGUUUGGUUUACACUUGAAAUAGUUUUAAGAAUUUAUUUUACCCCAAACAAGAUUCAUUACGUAAAAAAUGUUUGGAACUGGUUUUACAUUUUUGCCGUUGUUCCUAUUUACUUGUUUUUAAUUACAGAACCAUCUUCAAGCUCAGUUAUGACAAUUAAUGUUCUUCGAUAUGCAAGCGUGAUUCGUUUUUUUAAAUUACUUUACGACUUGGAAAUAUUAGGCAAAACGCUUCAGUCAAGUUUAAAUCAACUUUUUACCUUAGUUUUUAUUCUGUGCAUUCCAGCUAUUAUAUUUUCGAGUAUUGCUUACUUUGCAGAACAAACUUGGGGCGAAAAAACACAAAAACAUACAUUUAAAGACGUUCCAAACGUUCUAUGGUGGAGCAUUAUUACAAUGACCACUAUUGGCUAUGGUGAUAUGGUGCCCAGUUCCUUUGCAGGGAAAAUAAUUGGUAUAAUGAGCACAUUAGUUGGAAUAGUUAUUUUGUCAGUAAUUGCAUCAAUUUUAGGAGCAAGCUUCCAACAAAAUUAUAUACUAGCAAUCAUGCAAUAUCGGAAUCCUCCAAAAAAAACUUCAGCGGUGAAAAUAAUAAACGUUUCUUUAAAUAAUUACCUCACUGGAGCAGAAGAAAUUAACAAAAGAAACAUUAACUCGAGUUUAAAAACAUUUCACUCAAAUGAUAGUGGUUACGGAAAAUCGCCAUUGUCAUCUUUAAAUCAUUAUUCGGAAGAAUACGAAAACAAAUUUUGUUUUUACAAAAUAAACACAAACUUUCAUGGUAAUCCAGUAAUUAUUACCAAAUAAUCAAUUGGUAUGUAAUUAUAAUCCAGUAGUUAUUACCAAAUAAUCAAUUGGUAUGUAAUUAUAAUCCAGUAAUUAUUAGCAAAUAAUCAAUUGGUUUGUUAUUAUAAUCCAGUAAUUAUUACCAACAAAAUAAAUAUUAACACCAAAAAACCUUUAGAAAGUCAUACCCAAUUGAUUGCACAAACUUUUAAAAGCGAAAAUAUUUUCGUGUGUGCAAAGUUCAUUAAAAUGAACAACAUUGGUUAAAAUAUUAAUGCAAUAAAUUAUAUAUAUGAUAUAUAUUUAUUUUCCAUGAUAAUUUUAUACUUAUGCUAAAUUUUUGUUAAUUUAAGAUAAAUCAUAAUAAUUUG